UUGCUCUGCUGUCUCUUUCUUGCCUUCCAUUUGUUGUGUCGUAUUAUCAUUGUGCUGUGUUAUGCUGUUGUGCUGUACACGACCUGGAGUUCCAACGAAAUCUCUUUGUCAUCCUUUUCUGUUACAUCGUGUCUUCGCCGAAUUCAUCAUCUUCUUCUUCAUUGCUUCCAUCGCCAUCUUACACUUAGCUCAGCUCUGUCCGUUAUACGUCGAUCCAAUCGAACAGGACACAGACCUCCAUACAACACAACGCCCAUCAUACAUACAUCGCUUAGCUUAGCCUCUCUCGCUCUCUCUCCUCCUGUAGAGAUUCUUUCGCUUCUUUUCCCUCCUGCGUCGAAUCUGCGAAUACAACCUUCAGCAUUGUUCAUCUCCAACCUGGUCGACGUUCCUCUAGCGAAUCCAUCGUUAGAAAGCCCCUGGUCCGUUUCUACACCCAGGCCCUUGUCCUCAUCAAACCCUCCACACGCCCCCUGGCCUGGCUCCGUCGACUUCUCUCGCUGUCUGCUGGUUUGGCCUUGACCUUACCCUGACAUUCGCUGGGCUGUCCAUUGCUUCCUGACUUUUGAACUCCAUUCAAAGUUCUUGUCAGUCGCCCUCACAGAAGGGUCACUACCGUGCGACAGCUAUCAACCAAAUAUUCCUACCCCGUUCCGAUUCGACCGCCCGCCGACCGCCUCAACAACGUCCUUUUUGCGUCGAUUCUCCCACGACUUCCUCCGCGAUUCUUGCUUGGUCCAACCGACCCCUUUGCUCUCAGCUACGACCUCGUCCAUGACGCCUGCUCUUUAGCUGCGUCGUGUCGCUUGCUACCUUGGGCUGCAACAACCCCGUACUUGAAUGCCGUAUCCGCUGUGAGCACCACAUUUCGAUCGCUUCACCCCAAGUUCCAAGACAAACUUUUGCUGCUUCUCAACACAACUGCCCACAAUGGCCGGCAUCGUGGAGGAUUACUUGGAGAGUCCUGGAAUGGACAAUGACACCGACGACGUCUUUCCCUGCAAAGGUUGCGGAGAGAUCCUCGAAGAAGGAAAAGCGUUCGAGUUAGCCGGUAACCGAUGGCAUCUGGACUGCUUUCGAUGUAAUACCUGUGGCACACUGCUCGACUCUGAUGCGAACCUACUACUUCUCGGAGAUGGUUCACUCAUCUGCAACAACUGCACAUACAGCUGCAGCGCCUGCGGCAAUAAGAUUGAGGACCUAGCCAUCCUGACUGGGGAGCAGGCGUUUUGUGCUACAUGUUUCCGCUGUCGCAACUGCAAACGCAAAAUCGAGAACCUACGAUAUGCCCGCACUUCACAAGGCAUCUUCUGCAUGGGCUGCCACGAAACGCUGAUGGCACGAAGGCGGAAAAAAUCUAAAGCUGCAGCUGCGGCGAAAGCAAGAGAAAAAGAACAUUCACCCAUGAUCACGGAAAAGUCACUGCCCGCCCUUCCCGCCAACGCCAUUCCACCGAAUGCCUUUUCCAAUGAUCGAGUCGAUCCUGAUUCAGAUACUGCUACAGAGCUUUCGCCUCGUCCACGAAAUCACGGUCGUAACGAGUCGUCAUCUAGGAGCAGUUCCAGGCCAGCUCGUUCUCCUGAACGAAAGCCUGAUGGCUUAAGUUUGCCUGCUACAACAUAUCGAAGCAACCGAAACUCGACCAUGAUGACCCGCAACGACAAUACUUCUAACGAUGCCGAUAGCUUCAUGAUCUCGGUCGCUUUAGACCCAAGCCCGCAUCCAACGCCGAAAUCAACUUCAGAUAAUCUACCAGAGUCAGGCAAGUCAAAGGACUAUUUCAGUGCGGCCAAACCGGCGUCUGAGAAACGAAGCGACUCUCAUACCUCCACACCACAUAUUGCUUUCCAGGAGAAAGGGCGUCAACCAUCCUAUUCAGAGCACGACGUUGCACCAAAGCUUCCCGAUCGCAAGCAUUCUAAGAACUCGCGAACCGAUUCCAGUAAACGCUCAUCCCCUACCGACGAGAAGAGCCAGAAGACAAGUGGUCGCCGCGCACCUACGGAAGACUUCAAGUUGCAGGAGGCUCCCAAGAGCAAGAAGCUUCUCUCAAGGAGUAGUUCACAGUCCUCGAGUUUGCCUGCAGAGACGAACUCUGCGAGAACCAGCAACGGGCCUAGUAAGGGCGGACUGCCACACACCGAUAGCAACGCCACCACACCUGCGUCUCGCUCAUCCCAAGAGUCGAGGUAUAUGGACGAAGACGAGCUCCGUGCAUCUAUGGACUCGUCAACAAGAACAUCUUCUAGGCCAGAGAACGCAAAGCCUCUUACGCGAAAGGAAGUUCCAGCUGCCCCAGGACGUAAUGUUAAUGGCAGCAAUCGACAAAACCGACAAGAUACCACUGAUGAUCCCACACCCACCCGCCAGACUCCCACUCAAAAGAAAACAGCCGAUUCUUACAUGCAGCCUCGUUCUGCUCCCAUCCCUCCAGCUUCUCAGAACAACAAGGGCCACUCUGGCGGCAAGGAGGCAAAGGACGACGGUACCUCACCCAAGGUUUCGCCAAAGUUACCUAGAUGGAGCAGCGGCGGUGACUUUAGUAUGGAUGAGGACAUGGCGCGUAUCCUAGGUACAGACGAAGGCUCAACUUCCAUCCUCCGCAGAGUUUCCAACGCUGUCAGACAUGGGCGCACCAACAGCGUGGAGUCACCAAACCAGCUAUCGAACAGAGCUGGCCAUGCCAGAAGCAUUAGUGAGACUACACGAGCGACACAGUCGCCUCGCUGGCCACGAACUCCAGUCGCCGACGAUUAUCAUGCACAGGAGAUCAGCAGCCCGAUGUCUUUGGCGUCAGGCGACGAUCCCGCGUUUCUUAAGCGGCAAUUACGGAACUCUGAGCAGCGAGUUGCGGAGCUCGAGAGGCAGUUUACUACUGAGAAGGAUCUCAAGAGCCUCAACAAGAAGCUGGUCGAAAAGCGAAAGACAGUUUCCGUUCUUGACACCCAGACUGAGAUUAUGAUUCGACAGCUGGAGGUCUUGGCCGGAUAUGUCGAGCGUGCAAAGGAGACCAAGACACCUAUCGAUCCCCGGGAUCUUGAGGAUUCAGCAAUCAAGGAGUUUGUUCAGAAGCUCGAAAAGGUCAAGCAGACCAUGUCAGCCGCAAUUGAGCAGCUACACGAAGAGCGGGAUCUGUUGUUUGAAGAGAAGGAUCAAGCUAUUGCGGAUCGAGACCGUGCUCUGCUUGAAUUUGAGCAGUUGUCAUCGAAGAAUGCACAGCUUGCUGAUAUGAAUAACGAUUUGACACAUCAGAUCCAAGAACGCUUCAAGUCACAGAUUGGAGGAGAUAUCAAGUCUCCUGGCGGUCUGGGUAUCUACGGACCAGGCAAGGGCGGCCUUAACGCCUCUUCGCUCAACCUCGAUGCUGCUAGUCUCUCAACGGGUGCUACUCUGGUUCCUGCUGAUGAAGAGACCAUCGUCGAAGCCGGGCCAACUGUGGUCCAAGUCCGAAAGGGUCAAGCCAAGAAGUUCAACUGGAAGAAGGGUUCCAAGGGAUUGGCCCAGGGUGUGGCCAAGGGUGUCAACAGAGCUGUCGUCGCAUUCCAGAACGACCGUGAGAGGAUGCAGCAACAGGGCCAGCUGAACGGAGAGAACAUUGGAAUGCCUUACAAUAUGACUGUGGCUCAAGUCGAAGCGCCUGCUGGGCCUCCCUCCAACGGCGUCAACUCGCAUGAUAAGCACAGUGCAGCUGCAGCACUGACCAAGAGACAAGAAGAGCGCGAACGUGAGCGUGAACGACAAGGGUUUGGAUUCUUCGGCAAGAAGAAUGCCGUGCCCAAGUCCGGCUCUGCGGGCACUAUGAACAACGUUGACGCAGCUGAGCCUGCUACGGUUCUCUUUGGAUCUGAUCUCGCAGAGCGAGCCGACCAUGAGCGCCGACAGAUUCCUAGUGUAGUCACAAGAUGUAUCGAAGAGGUGGAACUGAGAGGAAUGGACCAGGAGGGUAUCUACCGAAAGACUGGUGGUAACUCUCAGGUCAACAUGAUCAAGGACGGCUUCAGCAAGGAUGAGAACUUUGAUAUUUCAGAUCCAGAUCUGGAUAUCACUGCUGUUACCAGUGUGCUGAAGCAAUACUUCCGCAAACUUCCUAUCCCCUUGCUCACAUUCGAUGUCUAUGAGCGAGUUCUCGAAUCAAAUGCUAUUGUCGAUGAAACGGAACGAAGCGAUCACCUACGUAAGACGUUUGCUUCGAUGCCUCAAAGGCAUCGCGAUUGUCUUGAAUUCCUCAUGUUCCAUCUUGCACGCGUUGCUCAACGUGAACCCGAGAACUUGAUGUCUCCCAAGAACUUGGCUGUCGUGUUUGCGCCAACCAUCAUGCGUGACACGAGUCUUGAGCGCGAGAUGACGGACAUGCACGCAAAGAACCUUGCGAUACAGUUUGUCAUUGAGAACAGUAACACGAUCUUCGAGGAUGCUUAGGGAGCGCGAGAUCUCUAUACGGAAAGGACUUACGAAGACUGUAUCGACUUUUUAACGAGGCCUCCGAGUCGUGGAUUCUUGGGCUUCGCUCCCCACGAAUGAGCACGAUCUGGGAUGCCAUGAAAAGAUUACUUGGGCACUGUUGGAUUUUUCAAGCUCCCAGGCUCGGUUCGCUUGCAUGUGUCAUCCAACCCGCAGGGCGUUUUUUUGUGCCAGGGCAUUUAAUGAUAUCCAAUUCUUUUUCUCUCACGCUUGCUUGUUUGUUUGUUUGCUUGCUUGGCUGUGGCUACUUUGGCAAAUUUCUUGUGCAUUUGGUGAUGGUGGGUUUGAGGAUGGUUUAUGGCAGGCAAAGGGGGGGAGGGGGGAGUAUUGGUUAUCUUUGUACGUUGACGAAAAGGGGUCAGAGGUUCUUUUCAUUCGGUAGGACGGCUUUUUAUAUUCUUCACGCUCUCUCUGAUGGGGGUGACGACUGUAUCUCUUUCAUGCCCUCGUUGAUGCCAGUUUCGUCGGGUUUGUAACAUAUAUCAACUCCAUAUUAUCCAUGACUAUUGAUCGUAUAUACAUAUAUCCCACACAACUACCCCUGCCUAUCAUGUCGAA